AUGCCUAACAAUUUCAAAAAACUAUCCAAUUUUUUUGGGAAAAAAUGUUCGUGUCGAUUCAAAGUUAGUUUUUUAUCAAAAGAUCGAUAGGUUCAAGGGAUUUUUUUCAGGGUUUGAAAGUAGAUCAAGAACAAAAUUUGACGGAGAUUGUGGUUCGAGUGACGUUUUUAUAUUUGGCAAAAAAUUCGAUUUAUAUUGUGCUUUUGAGUGUUUUUGGGAUUUUUCAUGUUGUUUAUAGUAUUUUGAUUUUUCCGAAAGAGUUUUGGGCGUCAAGGAAUAUUACAUUCGGUGAGUUCAAGAGAGAAAAUGAGUUGAUUUGCUGAGGUGUCAGAAUCUAGAUGAAUAAUUCUUCUACCCCAAAUUUCUAGAACUCAAAAUGUUUGAAACUAUUCCUGGUAGAUCAAAAAUAUCACAUUUUUGAAACGCCCAAAGAAUAUUUUCUUUAAAAGUUCAUGAAUGAACUAAUGAGUUACUUAAUCACCGCUCUUUUCUCUAUUUCCUAAAAAAAUUCCAGGACUUUCAAUAAUAUCACAUUGCACCUGCUGGUCACUAACAAGUAUAACACGCGGUGAAAUGUCAAGAUUUUUUGAGUCACCAUUAGAUCAACAAAGUUAUCGAGCAACUUUUAAAAGGUGAGGUUUCCACAAAAAAAGAGCAAAUGAUCAAAAACCACAAACAAAAAUAAACAUUAACGAAAAAAAAAUCACCCUUUUAGGAAGAAUAAUGAAAGACAUUAUUUUUGGUAGAGGAAAAUUAGAUUGGCUUAGAUUGGGUCGUGUAAAUGGUAAUGAGAUGAGACGAGAAAUGAUGUUCAGCUGUAAAAGAAAAUGGAAAUGUGUGUUUUUUUUUGGAUAAAAAAGAGAAAUGAAAUGAGGUAUGUUAAGCGGAUUAACAAAAACACCUGGACACGGCUGAAAAAUAAUUAAUGUCACCAAGAAAAAUUAAUCCAUGCAAGGGGUACUUUCAAGCACAGAAGUAACAAUUUCCAGAACAAUAACUAUAGCUGCUCAAAUAAUAUUUGGAAUAAUUUUGAUUUUGCUGACAGUUCAACUUCAAUUUUCCAAAGAAGCUUCAGUUUAUGAUAUCAUUCUAACAAUAGUUUCAAUAAUAAUCCAUGUUAGAUUAUUGAUAUCUCUUGUGAUUUUAUCAAACAUAACAUUUCGAUUUGGAGAACGUUUGCACGAAAUUCGAAAAUUUCUUGAUAAAUGCAAUGGGAGAACUGAAUAUGAAAAUUUAGCUUUGAAAAUGAAGGUGAGUGAGUAAGUUUUUUGCUAACUAAUCAUUAAAUAAAAUUAUAGGAUAUUAUUGUUUGCUUGAAUGUGUUGAAUAACAAAAUGCCAAUCAUCAAUAUUCUAUAUUUGCUCCUUGCACUUUAUUGUUUCAUAUUAUGGCUUCACAAUAUGAUAUCACUCACUUUUCUCAUUUUUCUUCAAAUUCCUUUUAUUAUCACAUAUUUUAUAUGUAGUUUUGUUAAUCUCAAGGUAUAUUUUUGAUUAUCCGAUAUGAUAUUUGAAUCAAAAAUUUUUUAUUUCAGCUUGAGAAAUUCAAAAACUCAACUCUCCGCUUGUUUGACCUACAAUUCAUAACACCCGCUACAAAUACAUUGGUAAAACUUUCUUUACGCGUAAAAUUCAAUAGUUGUUCCUUCAGAUAAAUUACUUCUGGAUGUCCAAUAAAAUUCACGAUCUUCCUUGGAUUGAUGUCAAGUUUCUGUUCCGUGCCACAUUUGCAAACGCUUUGAAAAUAAUGAUUUAUCUUUUUAUUUUAUUUUUCUCAUUUGAACCAUGCUUGAAAGCAUCUUUGAAGUGUAAAAGUACUCCACUUUUUAGCUUUCCAUCGAGUUAA